AUGUCAAUGAAGAAUAUAACUUUAUCCUCUGACUUUAUCCUCCUGGGGCUUCUGGUGAACAAUAAAGCUACAGGGAUCGUUUUUGCUGUUAUUUUUGCUAUUUUCAUGGUGGCUGUAACUGCAAAUCUGGUCAUGAUAUUCUUGAUUCAAAUGGACUCUCGUCUCCAUACACCUAUGUAUUUCCUGCUCAGCCAGCUGUCCAUCAUGGACACCUUUUUCAUUUGUACUACUGUCCCAAAACUUCUGGUUGACAUGGUUUCUAAAGAGAAGACCAUUUCCUUUGUAGGUUGUGGUAUCCAGAUCUUCCUCUACUUGACCAUGAUUGGCUCAGAGUUCUUUCUCUUAGGCCUCAUGGCCUAUGACCGCUACGUGGCUGUCUGUAACCCUCUUAGGUAUCCAGUCCUGAUGAACCGCAGGGUGUGUCUCCUGCUGGCUGCUGGUGCCUGGUUUGGUGGAUCCCUGGAUGGCUUUCUGCUCACCCCCAUCACCAUGAAUGUCCCUUACUGUGGAUCCCACAGUAUCAACCAUUUUUUCUGUGAGAUCCCUGCAGUUCUCAGACUAGCCUGUGCUGACACAUCCUUGUAUGAAACCCUAAUGUACAUCUGCUGUGUACUCAUGUUACUCAUCCCUAUCUCUAUCAUCUCAACCUCCUACUCUCUCAUCUUGUUAACUGUCCACCGAAUGCGCUCUGCUGAAGGCCGGAAAAAAGCUUUCACCACUUGCUCUUCCCACUUAACCGUAGUCAGCAUUUUCUAUGGAGCUGCCUUCUACACUUAUGUUCUACCCCAGUCCUUUCACACUCCUGAGCAGGACAAGGUAGUGUCAGCCUUCUAUACCAUUGUCACCCCCAUGCUCAAUCCUCUUAUCUACAGCCUCAGAAACAAGGAUGUCAUGGGGGCAUUUAAAAAGAUGUUUUUGCAAUACUCAUCUGCUCAAAAAAUAUCCUCAAGUGAUGCUUAA